AUCAGUUGAUUAGCAGAGGUAUGAUAAAGCUCACGGUUCAGGGAGAGUGACCUAGUAGCGACCAGUGAAGAGGUGGGGCCAGGAGCUUGGACUCGACCCCUGCAACCUCAACGAGAAGUUUUGUCAAGCCAAUACAAGCAGCGCCUGGACAUACAAGGGUUUUAAUCAGCACACUGAAGAAACAGAUCCUGAACGGAUUACUCAGAUCAUAAAUCGGGCCAUUGAAGAUGGGAAAUGGAUCGUGAAGAAGUACUCAAAGGUCCAAGAAUAAAUCUGCAGCAAGGAAGCAUAUUUUUAACAGAUAACUAUGGAAAAACUUAUUGAAGAAUUACCAUUGGAAGCAUUCCCCAGUCAAUUCUGGGGUGCAGUAAAAAUAUACACAGAGAAGCCACAUAUUAUUAAUCGCCGAAUAUGUGGAACAGUCAAUUUAUGGAUUGGUGUGUCAUAUGAAAAUUUCUCAAGAGAGAACAUGUGCAGAUCUCUUGGUGUAGUCCUUAGCCAUGAUUUUGACAUCGAAGAGGACAAAAAUCUACAAACCCAAGCUGCCAGUAGCACUGAUAAAUCAAAAUGCGAUUAUGAUGUUAAAAAUGUAGAAACAAUUUUCAGUACUUGCAGCAAAAUGGAGCUUGCUCAAAUAGAAGGCAUUAAGAAUAUUCUCUGUAAAUGUGGAUUCAAGAAUAUGCAAGACAUUGGUGCAUCAGAUUGCAAUGAAAAUGUGUCACCAUGUGAGACAAGAGGAAAUGAAGAAGAUGAAUGUAAGCAGUGUGGUGAAUUUCAACUCCCCAGUAAUAAAACUUUGAAAACUAGUCAUCUUGGCAUUCCAUGGGAACACCUGUUAGACACCAAAACUUUAAAAAUUGCUGUGAUCAGGAGAGUACUGCCAAAGCAUCUCAAGAAGUUCAUUCCUCUUAUAGAAGUUGUUCUCAUUGAUAGAGAUGGGGAGAGUGUCAGCUACUUGGCUGGGUCAGGUGGCAGUGGCCCCAGUGUGGUCCCACGCACCAACUACUCAUUUACUUUUACCACCCAUGGGAUUCGUCUCUCAUUUUUUGAGGACAAAGAAGGGAAUACGUCUCCCGAAGUUUGUGCUGGUGUUGUCUGGGUGCAGAAAACAUUUACCCAAGUUGAUUAAAUGGAGCUGAGUAUAGAAGAUGGAAAAGUGGAGGACAGAGGAUCCUUAAAGCUUGUAAACAUUAAGAAUUUUAACCAGUUAUAUCAGCAACUGAAGAUUAAAUAUGGCAAGCCAUUGGUUAAGAUGUGGCCAGAGACAACAGAUCCUCUUAAGCAUGUGUAUGAGGAUAUUGCCAUUGCCACCUAUUUGAUUUUAAUUUGGCAGCAAGAGAGAAAAAAGAAGCAACUUACUUCUUAUCAAACUUUUGUUGACUUAGGAUGUGGUAAUGGUCUUCUUGUCUACAUCUUGUCAAGUGAAGGGCAUCAAGGGCUUGGAAUAGACAUCAAAAAACGUCAUAUAUGGGAUACAUUUCCCAAGCACAUCCAAUUGAAGGAGGGAGCUAUUGAACCAUCUGAUAAGAACCUUUUCCCAGAAUUCGACUGGCUAAUUGGAAAUCAUUCUGAUGAAUUAACUCCAUGGAUCCCUGUCAUUGCUGCAAAAUCUAAACACACAACUCGUUUCUUUGUCAUCCCAUGUUGUGCCCACGACUUUGACUGCAGGUACCGGAGGAAGUAUGCUGGAAGAAGCCAGUAUUCAGACUAUCUGGAAUACAUCAAAGAAGUGGGCAUUGUUUGUGGCUUUGACGUAUGGCAAGACAAACUGAGAAUCCCAUCCACCAAAAGAAUUUGUUUGAUAGGACAGGAGAGAACAUACAGGACAAGGGAUGCUCCUCAGAUUUUUAAAAAUAUAAAUGACUUUAUUAGAAAAAGAAGUGAUGGCGACAGUAAAAAUACAGAGAACCAGGAAAGUCAUGCAAAUGUGAAAAGUCAGAUUAAAAAUCACCAUGAUAUUUUCUGGACAGCAAACUUUAAGGUUCGGGAGGCUGUGCAACCAGUGCGCAACUGUACACAGUUGGAGACUAGUGUCAGAGAAGAUCUAGUGUUAACAGUGGCAAAAAUGCUUAUGGAAAAAAAGCAUGUAGUUGAGGUUGAAAUAAGCCAGAAUAAUUUUGUAACCUGGGACCGCGGAGGCAGAAUGACUCUGAGUGACAUAGCUAAACGCAUGGAACCUCAGCAACUCUUGGCACUCAAGAAGGAAUGUGGAGGCUUACAAACAUUGCUGAAGAAUCACAAACACAUUUUUAACAUCUUACAUGGAGAAGCAAAUCUUCAAAUUCCAAUACCAAUAUGGAAAGCAAAAGUGCCAAGCAGUCGUAUCAAGACAAAACCUUGCUGGUUCUAUGUCAGCCACAUUAUGGGCUGUCCUUUGCCAUCUCAAACAUGUAUAUAUGCUCAUGGUGAUGCAGAUUUGAAAGAAGUUAAUGGCACAAUAAUUUCUAAAUAAUGUAGCUAUUUGAAUAUAGGUAGUGUCUUCUUCUUUCAACAAACCGGCCAUGUCCCACCGAGGCAGGAGGUAGUGUCAUCUUUGUGAAAUAAUCCAGGUAGGGUAAAUCAGAUUAGUUUUCAUAAAUUUGACCAGUUGUAAAUUAAUAAAAUUAAUACAUUUU